AAAUGUCAUUUAUUAAAAAAGACACAAAUACAGCGGGAGCAACAAAUUUUUCAUACGGAGUGAAAAUUGAUAAAAUAGUGUUUUAAAAUUGAACAAAAUUAAUAUAUUUCGGCUAAAUUUACUAAAAUUUAUUUGUUUAAUACUGAAUUACAUAAAUAAAAUAAAGCGUGUGUAUAGCUAAUAAACAGCAAAAUAAAUUGCUGCAGAAAAAAUGUGUACAAUACCAUCUACAACGAAUAUGAAAAAAUAAGAAAACAUAUAAAAAAAUUAAAGAAAUGUAGAAAAAGUGUACAACAAUAAAAACGACAACAACAACAUAAUAAUAAGCGCCAGAGGAGCGCCAGUAUUCUUUAAAAGAAAUCCAAAAAAAGUUGAUACAUAAUAACAUGUCUAUUCCAAGUCUCCAACACAAUGUGGACAAGAAAUAAUAGAAAUUCAUGUUACGAAAGUGUUAUUUUAACAACAGAAUCAAAAUAAAGUUUCAAAAUAAAUGAUAAAAUCAAAAAAGCUACCUAAAAUUGUAGACCAAAAUAUAUUUACUUAAAAUACUACUUUUAAUUAUUGCGGGUUUAUUGUUGAAAAUCUGCUUAAACACUUUAUUACCGUCAUCAUUAUUAGAAUUGUUGUUACUGUUAAAAUAGUAACACAAUGUUGCAAUUAUCUUGGAAACCUUUAAUACCCUUUGGUAUAUCCUUACUACUGGGAUUUUGUUUUUGUCUUUCCGAAUCAGCAAUCUUACCGCCCGAUCAUAAUGUUGAUUGUGAACAUUACGAUGAGAAAGAGUGUAUGACGCGUGGUGAUUGUGCCACAAAAAUUGAACAUUGUAAAUUUGAUUCGGAUAAACCGCCAAGUUGUUAUGUUUUAUGGUCACGUGAUGAAAUGACGGGCGAAGACCAUAUUAAAAUGAAGGGUUGCUUCUCUCAAACUCCUGAAUGUAAUCAAACAGAAUGUGUUACGAGUUCUGAGCCUCGUAAGAAUAAUAUGAAUUUAUUGCAUUUUUGUUGUUGCAAACAAUCAAUGUGUAACACUGCACAAAAAUGGGAACCAACUACAACAGAAGCAACAACACAAGUGCCGAAAGAGAAGACCCCAGAAAAUACUGAUUUUAUAUAUAUCGUUAUUUGUUCAGUCAUACUUGCCAUUUUAAUAACUAUAACAGGUAUUGGUCUAUUUUUAUAUCGUAGACGUAAACAAGCCAAUUUCAAUGAAAUACCUACAAAUGAAGCUGAAAUAACCAAUUCAUCACCAUUACUCAGUAAUAGACCCAUACAAUUGUUAGAAUUAAAAGCCAGUGGUCGUUUCGGUGAUGUUUGGCAGGCGAAACUCCACAAUCAAGAUGUGGCAGUAAAAAUAUUUCGCAUGCAAGAGAAAGAAUCAUGGAAUACUGAAUUGGAAAUUUACAAAUUACCACGUAUGCGUCAUCCGAAUAUUUUGGAAUUUUUAGGUCAUGAAAAACACACGGAAAAAAUACAACAAGAAUUUUGGCUUAUAUCGGCUUAUCAACAUAAUGGUUCAUUGUGUGAUUAUUUAAAAUCUCAUACCAUAACAUAUCAAGAACUAUGUAAAAUAGCCGAAUCAAUGGCUUGUGGUUUGGCUCAUUUACACGAAGAGAUCUUGGCAACAAAAACCGAAGGUCUUAAGCCGUCCAUUGCACAUCGUGAUUUUAAGUCGAAAAAUGUUUUACUCAAAAAUGAUUUGACGGCAUGUAUUGCGGAUUUUGGUUUAGCUAUGAUAUUUCAACCGGGCAAACCUUGUGGUGAUACACAUGGCCAAGUGGGUACCAGACGUUAUAUGGCUCCUGAGGUCUUGGAGGGGGCCAUCAAUUUCAAUCGUGAUGCUUUUCUACGUAUUGACGUUUAUGCUUGUGGUCUAGUGCUGUGGGAAAUGGUAUCACGUUGUGAUGCAACAGGUCCUGUUGGAGAAUUCUUAUUGCCAUUUGAAGCAGAGCUGGGCCAAAGACCCACCUUGGAUGAGGUACAGGAGAAUGUUGUUAUGAAAAAAUUACGUCCACAAAUUUUAAAUUCAUGGCGUUCACAUCCGGGUAUCAGCAUUAUAUGUGACACAAUGGAAGAGUGUUGGGAUCAUGAUGCCGAGGCACGUCUCUCCUCCUCUUGUGUUAUGGAACGUUUUCUACAGCUACAAAAAUAUCCCACCACAAUGUUAAUUAAAACAAAUACAAAUAAUAUUGUGGUCGAUGCUAAAGAUUCGAAUAAUUUAAGCUUAUAGAACAGGUAUUAAAUCACUCUUAUUUAUAAAGAGCCUUAUUCAUAACAAUUUAUCAGAGAUAAGACAAAUUUAAACAAAAUUUGUUAUAUAAACUUUUGAAAAUUUGUUAUGAAUAAUGCAAUAAAAAUUGUCUUAACCAAAAUACACAAUUACACAUACGAAAGCGUUAAGGCACAAAUAAUAAGAGUGAUAUUUAGUUAUCUUAUUAACAAAGGCGCGCCACAAAAUACAAAAAUAAAAUAAUUAUAAUUAAAUUUCAGUAGAGUUUUUUGUUGGUUUUAAAACAAUUGACAAAAUAAUAAUUGUUUUGAAUGGAACCUAAUCCUUUAAGUCGUUAAAAACAAACAAACAAAAAAAUACUCUUACAUGGUUUACACAAUGUCAAGUUAAAAUGUUUUUGGUUAGAAACUGUUAACGUCGUCUAAUUGUAUUCAGGAGUUAUUUAUUAAUAUGUAAAUGAUGUUGUGUAUAAAAAACAAGCCUAGAGGAAAAUAUAUUAUAAAUAUUUCCUUGAAAAAAUUUUACGACCUUUGGAUGAAUGGAUCAUUGUUUUAGAAAAUUUGUUUCUAAAUCAUUUGUUGAUCUUUUUAGGUAAAAAAAAUAAUGAUUUUUUGCAUUAAAAGAUUUUCAUAAUGUUUUAUAUUUGUUUUAUAAAUACAAAAUACAUAUAAAUAGUUUUAUUUGUCACGAAUGAGAAAAAAUAUUAACAAAAUAAACUUAAGAACAAAUAAAGAUGUAAAAUAUAUUUUAAGUCAGUCUUGUCUGCAUAGACUUUCUGUCUCUUAUGGGAAAUUGGAAAUAUUAAUGUAAAAAAAAUUAAAUUAAAAAUUUCAUUUAUGCAAUGAAAUAAAACAAUUAAAAAUAUUUUUUACUUUUAAAUUAUUUUUAAAUUUUGAAUGGUUUUAAUUACCAAGAUUUAAUUACUUUUCAAAUUUUCAUUGUAUUUCCUAUAAUUUACCACCUAAAUAUCAUAAGUCAAGACAAGACUGUGUUAAGUAUUUAUUAAUUAAAAUUUUUAACCGAUAAAAAAA